CUUCAGUUAUCGAGUAUAUGAAGACCAAUACUUCGCUGAUAAAUACAAUUAAUUCAAACGUAUGGCAAAACAAUGAGAACGCGGAGUGGCGAAACAUUCAUUUUGUCUAGUAUUGGCCUCCCAAGUGAAAAAAAGCAUUCUGGCAAGCCCAUGAGCCACAAGGGCAGCACAGACAUAGCCCACGGACUGGAUAUCGGAGACACCGCUAACGCAAAUGUGCAGGAUGGAGAAGUCCUUAGCUCGAGAAGCAAUGAGCACGAUGGACUUCCGCAGGAAGUUUAUAUUAAGAGCGAGCCCUUAUACGAAGAUCUGUGUGAAGUCCUGGACGAGCUGGGAGAAAUACUGGAUGAGGAGCAGGACGAUGUGUUGGAUAAGAGGCAGGGCAAUAUUAGAGAUAGGGACCAGGGAGAGAUUAUGGAUAAGGAGCGGGCUGAGUUGGAUGAGGAAGAAGCGGAUACGCCACCGGCGCCCUCCAUCUCACUUACCGACGACGCCUCUUUAUUCACCAGAAGAUCCAGACCAUAUGCUGACGAUUCUCCCUUAAGCUUUAAUGGAUCUUUAUACGAGCAUGGAGAAAUUUCUUCAAGUGAGGAAGGCCAGAAAGAACCAGUUCGUGGUAAUAAUUUACAUCAAAUUGCCUUAGUGCGAUUCCGAAACAGUCCAGAACAGAGCUUAAAACGCUGCAGUAUCAACGCUUUCGGCGAACGAGGGUUCUCCUCGGAGAAUAAGAUAAAUCGAAGGAGCACCCGCAGCACAUCCAAUGAAAAGAGUGCCACACAAAGACGAUCGGUUAGUCGCAGUCGCAUCCCAAGGUGCAGAGGCAGAAGAAGGAGCAAGUCUAGGAGCCCAGCUGAACCCAAGCAAAGAUCGAGUCCGCCCACCCACAAAAGGCGAUCCAGGCCAUCUAUAGACCACAUUAGGUCUCGGAAGCGAAGCCAUUCUAGGGACCGGAUAGAGCGGCGUAGCAGACUACCAUCUAGGCGCAAACAUAUCUCGCGGUCCCGGAGCCCAGAUCGCAAAAGUCGUUCCCGAUAUGUACGAGAUAGUCCUCUAGGCAAAGGGUCAAGACAUGCGUCGCCCUGUGGUGGGAGCCGUCACAGAUCACUUAGAUCCACAAGCGUUAGACGGAGACUUGGGCCGAGGAAUUCGCCAGUACGCCGCUCUCGGUAUCGGUCAAGGAGCAACUCUCGCAUAGAAAGUAGGGCUUACCUGCGUGAUCGUUCAAGGAGCAGGGGCCGGUCAGCAAGCAAAUCCAAAUCUGUAAGAAUCACACAGCGGGAGCUUUCAAAACGCGCAUGCAAGUCGCGAUCAAAGAGUAUACACAGGUCAUUAAAGACCGUGGUUUGCCGACGAUCCAGGAGCCGAUCCAACAGCCCCCAUACUCGCCUUGGGAGAGUUUCAAAGAGUAGCCUUCAGCCCGCACACACCCAACAGCUGAAUAACACCUCGCCACCUUUGUCCGCAAUAUCGCCGCGCCCCAUUUCUCCGAUGGUUACGCUUCACGAUAAUCGAACUAGUUAUUCAAAGAUGAUCCCGUACCUGCUUCCUACCCCAAAUGUUCCACAAAUUUUCUACAGGCAGACGAACUACACCCAUACGGAGUAUAGUGCGGAGUAUAGUGCCGGCAACGUUACCGGAUCCUUCGGGCAGCCUUUUCCAGAGCUGGGGCCGUACGACCUGCGCCACCGCUUGUCCACGACGCGUUCACUCCAUUACGUAGGGCCCAACGAUUUGCGGCACCAUAUCCAGGGAAUCUACUCGCACCAAACCGCCUUUAAUGCCUACACCGAGUGGCCCUCGGGGUUUACUGAGAAUUACCACCCCAGUGGUUACUACUAAAAGGCACCCUAUGGUUAACAAUAAACAUUAUUACUUGCAAUACA